GAACUCGUCGCUUUGUCUUUGUUUCGGUGGUGCAGCCAUCUGGCUCGGUCAGCUGUUUGUGAAUUGGCGAAAAUACGAUGGCUGCUGGGUGUUGUGGCACGAAAAAGCAGAAAUUGAACAAUUCCUCGAGUGUCCCAUCGUGUAAUGGUACUUCGGUGGUGCCCAACGGCAUUCCCAACCCAGGCAUGGUGGCCUUGCCCGAGAUGUGCUUCUUUUGUUUCGACGUCCUCUACUGUCACUUGUACAACCUGGCCCCGCCGAAGACCCCCUCCUUCAGCAACGACGCAUACCCCCUGUUUGUCACCUGGAAGAUCGGCAAAGACAAGCGGCUGAGGGGCUGCAUUGGCACCUUCAACGCCAUGAAUCUGCAAUCGGGGCUGCGGGAGUACGCCGUCACGAGCGCCUUCAAAGACUCGCGGUUCAGUCCGGUGACACGCGAGGAGUUCCCCAAGUUGAGCGUCUCGGUGUCGAUUUUGAGGCAUUUUGAGGACGGGGACGACUACCUCGACUGGGAAGUGGGGGUGCAUGGGAUCAGGAUCGAGUUUAUCAACGAGAAGGGCAACAAGAGAACAGCGACGUACUUACCUGAAGUCGCCUCAGAACAAGGUUGGGAUCAACUGCAGACCAUCGACUCUCUCCUGCGCAAAGGGGGCUAUAAAUCGGUGAUAUCAAACGAAGUGCGUCGCAGCAUAAAACUGACUCGUUAUCAAAGUGAGAAAAUAACAGUGACUUAUCAAGAUUACAUGAACCAUUGGAACAGUCAGCGCUGCUAGCAGCUAAUGU